UAAAUACUAGUCUCUCAAAAAAAAAAAAAAAGUAGUAAAUACUAGACAAGUUGUAGUAGCAGAAUUGAUCAUCUCUCCCUCGCCGGUUUCUGACUGACUUACAGUUGAUGGAGUUUGGGCACUUGUGUGUUUCGCUUCUUCUUUCCAUUUCAGCUCUAAUCAUGGUGGAUUCCAUUGGUAUCAACUACGGCCAGAUUGCCAACAAUCUUCCUUCCCCGGAUAAUGUGGUGCCUCUGGUCAAAGCCAUCGGAGCUUCCCAAGUCAAACUCUACGACGCAGAUCCACGAGUCCUUCGAGCCUUUGCUCACACUGGAGUUGAGUUCAUCGUUGGACUCGGAAACGAGUACUUGUCCAAAAUGAGAGAUCCUCAUAAAGCUGAGGCCUGGAUUAAAUCAAACGUCCAGCCUUACUUACCUGCUACUAAAAUCAUCUGCAUCACCAUUGGCAACGAGGUUCUAACCUUUAACGACACUUCUCUUAGCAAUUGCCUCCUUCCUGCUAUGCAAAGCGUCCACACUGCGCUUCUCAACUUAGGUCUUGAUAAACAGGUCAGUGUCACCACCGCGCAUUCUCUCGCCGUUAUGGAAACCUCUUAUCCACCGUCCGCCGGAGCUUUUCGGCGAGAUCUGGUCGGUUGUUUGACUCCCAUUUUGGAUUUCCACCUCAAAACUGGAUCUCCGUUUUUGAUUAAUGCGUAUCCUUACUUCGCUUACAAAGCAAACCCUAAACAAGUGAGCUUGGACUUCGUUCUGUUCCAACCAAAUCAAGGCGUUACAGAUCCGGUCUCCAAUCUGCACUACGACAACAUGUUGUUUGCUCAGAUCGACGCUGUUUACUCGGCUUUAUCGUCUUUAGGUUACAAGAAGUUGCCGGUUCAUAUAUCGGAAACCGGCUGGCCAUCUAAAGGAGAUGCGGAUGAGGCGGGUGCUACUUCUGAAAAUGCCAAGAAGUAUAAUGGAAAUCUGAUGAAGAUCAUUUGUCAAAGGAAAGGAACUCCGGUGAGGCCUAAUAAUGAGUUGAACAUUUACGUGUUCGCUUUAUUUAAUGAGAAUAUGAAGCCAGGGCCUGCUUCUGAGAGGAAUUACGGUUUAUUUAAACCGGACGGAACGCCGGCCUAUUCACUUGGAUUUUCUACAGCGGGUUCCGUGAGUACUAACAGUAGCAGUAAUAGCAGUUCAAGCGGAAGUAGCAGUGGCAGUAGCGGAAUUACACCAGCUGCGCCGGAGAGUUCUUCAACUGGUUACUUGUCCAUUUCUGGUGCUAAGGACGCUUGUAACAGCGGAAUUGGGAGUGUGAUGGCGGUGUUGAUACUAUUGGGGGUUUUAGAGUGGAACUGAACUGCGGAAUUGUGAGUUAAAAGAGAUGGAAAUAGAAUAAGCGUAGAUGAUGUACGCUGCAAAGCAAAAAGUAAAAGCAUCCAUCUUAUUCUUUAGUUUCAGCUCACCGUCACCAAUGUCGGGUAUCGAUUCCCCCUAAAUUCCCGUCAUUGCCUCUUUUGCUAACCCCACCUCACUUCAUAAUUGCUCUUUAGUAUUUGUUCGUACAAUUACAAUGUUUAGACUUUCAAGUUUAGUAGCCAUUCUUUUCCCUUUUCUCCUAUGCAGGGAAUUAUUAGUUUUUAGGAUAUUUAGUUUUAUUUUUACAAGACAUUGUUUGGAUCAGCCAUCCAUCUUAUUCAAAAUAUUUACUUUAUUAA